CUCGCGCCAUUUUAAGAAAGGAACGACUCGUUCAGCUUGGUGAGGAUACACGCUGGGUAUUGUGUGGAUCGAAGUACACACAAAAUACUAAAGAUAUUUAAAAAGUUCACGCACGAAGACUUCCUACAGACAAACGCAGAGGGGUUUUUGCGCUAAAAUCGGAGGUUUCGUCGGAGCCGAAUGAGAAGCUGAGGUGAACAAUGACUCAGUUUCUUCCCCCGAACCUGUUGGCAUUGUUUGCCCCGCGGGACCCGAUACCGUUUCUGCCUCAACUAGAGAAGCUCCCCCAUGAGAAACAUCACAACCAGCCGUACUGCGGAAUUGCUCCCUUCAUCCGGCAUUUUGAGGACCCCAGAGAUGCGCCACCACCCACAAGAGCAGAGACGCGGGAGGAGAGGUUGGAGAGAAAGAGAAGGGAGAAGAUGGAAAGGCGGCAAGUUGUGGUGGAAGCAGAACUGAAGCUGUGGGACCCACACAACGAUCCUAAUGCUCAAGGAGACGCUUUUAAGACCUUGUUUGUGGCUCGAAUUAAUUACGACACCACAGAAUCUAAACUACGGCGUGAGUUUGAAGUCUAUGGUCCUAUCAAACGGAUUUAUAUCGUGUACAACAAGAAAACUGGCAAACCAAGAGGCUAUGCGUUCAUUGAAUACGAACACGAGAGAGACAUGCACUCUGCCUACAAGCAUGCAGAUGGCAAAAAGAUCGAUGGACGUAGAGUGCUUGUUGAUGUUGAAAGAGGACGAACGGUCAAAGGAUGGCGCCCCCGGAGACUUGGUGGAGGUCUUGGUGGUACAAGGCGAGGAGGGGCAGAUGUCAACAUCAAGCACUCUGGCAGAGACGACACUUCCCGCUAUGAUGACCGACCAAUUGGAAGUGACCGCGAUCGGGAUCGCGAACGCAGGGAUCGUAGUCGGGAACGAGACCGAGAAAGGGACCGUGGUGAGCGCCGCCGUUCACGAUCUCGAGAGAGACGCAGACGAACCAGGUCUCGAGAGCGUGAAAGGGGCAUCGCGGCACCAGCGGAGGAGGCGGGAGGAGGCAGCCGGCGCCGAGAGAGGGAACGAGAACGAGGUGGUGCCGGAGGCAGCCGAGAGAGGAGUAGAGACCGAGAUAGAGAAAGAGACCGCAAGAGGAGAAGCAGGAGCAGGGAUAGAAAGCGAGACAGAGAGAGAGGGAAGGGUGCAGAUGGAGGAGAGGAAGGCAUGGGCGGGCUAGUUGAUGGCAUGAUGCCCGAAGGAGGAGAUAGGGGUAUGGAGGACCCCUUGGGUGGUGAGCCAGGACGAGGUGAGGAGGGAGGGCCUGAAGGAGAGGAGAGAGGAAGGGAUCGAGACAAAGACAGGGAGAGAGACCGUGAUAGGAAGCGUAGCCACAGAGACAAAGACAGAGACAGAGAUCGGGAAAGAAGGCGAGACAGGGAUAGAGAUCGUGAACACAAGCGGGACCGAGGCGAUCGGGAGCGCGGGGACCGUAGGGAAGACAGACACGUUUUGUCCUCAGGAGAUCAGGAGGGAUUGGGUAACGGAGGCGAAGAGGGUGAAGAUCAGUUGCCGCCACAAUCAGAAGAAGGUUCACAGGAUGGAAUGAGGAUGAUGAUGAUGGAUCAGGAUUCCAUGCAGUCAGGAGAGGGCUAUGCCUCCAAUGAGAAUGGAUACAGGAUGGAGGGCCAGGGCGAUGAGUACUGAAAGUGCCACCAUUGUGCGAAUCGUCCAAGAUCAUCCAACUGAUUGGAUUCACAAAUUCUCAACCAUUAUUUAAUGCCUCCACCCUUUGCUUGCACUAUGUCCACAGUGUGUAAGUAUUAUACUGUACUACCAAAAGCUGUCACUGAGAGACCUUAGUGUGUCCCUGGUAAGCAGCGUCCUUUUGUUAAAAUAAAAAGAUUAUGUAGUUAAACUGUGAGCUUUUUUUUUUUUUUUUUUUUUUUUUUUUUUUUUUUUUUUGAACCCGUUUAUUUCAUUUGUGGGGCAUUGUUUGCAUAAAACUUUAUUAAAGAACUAGCCUUAUAAUGCAUUUGAAUUCCCUCAACUCGGUAUCAAAUGACUGCACAGCUAGGAAGACAUCUCUUGACUGAGGUACUGUGUUUUAUUACAGUGUAGUUUAUUCAGUAAUGGAUGAGUAACUGUCAGAUGAUUUGAGGUUGUUUAGUACCGUUAUGUCCACUUUCAUAGAUGUUUGUUGAUUACAGGAAUAAUUGCUUGAUGGUUUGAAACCUUAUCUGUACAAUGUUCCUUUUAUAUCUGCCCCCAUUUCUUUUCUAUCUUUUGUCUUGUACAUUUUGUUUUAUAUUUGGUUCAGUAUGUGGAUCGUUUGCAAAUUGUACAGUGGCCCCUAAUUUUACUGAAGUAACAAAGGUGGCAAACAUUGACACAAAUGUGUUUUUUAAAUAGGAAUGUCUGCAGUGGGUUCACAAAAAUCGCUCUUUUUUUUUUUUUUUUUUUUUUUUUUUUGAGCUUGUAUCUCUGUUAGUAUUGGUUCUGCUCUUCGUUGAAUAAAUACUUUUUAUUGCCAAA